AUGUUGGGCACCAACCAACGUAGCGGACGAGAGAGCGCUUCAGGUCACUGCAGAGACCCUGUAUCAAAGCACAAGGGCCACAAGUUCGACCGAACACCACCCGCUCAUGGUGUUAACAGCAAGAGUGAUGAUUCAGACACGAACUGCCUCAGCACUACUUUGGGAUUAUUGUCAUUCAGAGGGCCAGGCCCCUCAAACACAAAGGCUGGCACACAGAAGGGGAAUGCAGAUGAGGCAGGCUUCUGUGCAUGGAGAAAUUUCAGGCACAGGCAACACACUUUCAAUACUGGCUCAGUGAACUCAAGAACACGGAGCAACCAAGCAGCAAGUGAAGAGACCUGCAAAGGACAAAAAGAUGACUGUUCCACAGAACCUGAAAGAGUUUCCACUUCGGAUAAGACCUGUUAUUAUCAUUCCCAACUGAAGGCCAGUUCUCUGGAAGGCACUCCCAAAACUCUCAGCCUCAAAGAGGCUUUGGAGCUCUUCAGGCCAGACUUCAUCAGCCGGUCUCAGGGUCGGCUGAGGAGGUUGGAGCAGAGGGCUAGGAUAAGGAAAGCACUGCAGGACUUCAAUCCAGACCUGAUGCAAGGCCCUGGGGGAACUCAAGUCAAGCAAAAGAGGAACUGCACCACACCAGAUCCACUUAGUGAUAACCUUUUCAAGCCUAGAGAGAGGUCCAUAUCGAGUAGAGAGAUGCAGCUGAGGUCCAGACGGAUUUACAACAUGCUGCCAGAGGUUACAAAGAGGAAGGAGGAGGAAAAAAAGAGGGCUGUAUCUCAAACCAACAGACUGCGGGCCGAGGUCUUUAAAAAGAGAAUUCUGGAUCAGGUCCUGCAAAGAUAAAUCACAUGCUUAAAAGCGAAUGAGGAUACUUCACUGACCACUCUGACUCUUCACAUUUAACUCUUUACAAUAACAAUUACUGUAUAAUUCAUUCAUUUAAUCUCUUAUCCAAGUCAUUACCAUGCGAGGGCAUACACGCAUUUGAUAACAUUCUAUUAAUGUUGCAUUUGUAACCAGAAAAAAAAAUAAGGAAAAGCUUUUGCAGAUAUUGUCACCAAUCUUUUAUAAGUUGAGGGUAAUUUAUUUUGGCUGUUAUCUGUUAUCUAUAUGAUUCAAUUUGACACAUAAUAGAGAUGUGGAUUUUGCACCCAUUUGUCAGAUAUGACUAAAUAAGCAAUUUUGUAAACGUAGUCUGCAGGUGAAAAUUGUAUGGUGCAAAAGCUGUGUGAUAUUAAUUGUUGUGCGCUGACAAUGACAAAGCCCAAAUAACCCACCCACCACCAACAUGCUCAUUACUGAGAAAUGCGAUGAGUUUGACAGUUGGCAAUCCUGCUUUUGCUCUUCAAAUAAACACGCAGCAAUCAAACAUAAUAUAUAUAAUCAUAUGAAUUAAGCAAUUUCUUUCCUGGUGAUUUUGUUCAUUAUUUUAGAAAUAAUAUCA